UUUGUUUUUUUUUUCCUCCCCAAUUUCCAAAUCAGAAUCCUAAAAGGCUAAAACCCUAACCCCAAAGCAACGACUGCAAGCCCCAAUCCAUCUACCACCGGUAACGAGGAAGGCUAUUGCUGUUGUGUGGGGCAAUCAAGAAGCUCGAACAGAACUGGAGCUCUCAACCAAACAAAAAUGUCUUCUGCAAUCUCCGAAACCCUCCCAAAAUUCACUGCUGAAGCCCUAAAGCUCGCUGCAAAACAAUCUGAACGCUGCCACAUCGUACCCGUUCGUCUCCGCCAUGCCAUCAAGAAGUACCUCCAAGAGCAAGAAGCUACACAUAUGAGGAGGAAAGUGUUGAGCUUGUCGCAGUCAUUCAAUGGAAUUAAGGAAGUGAACUUGCUGCUGCCAAGCUCAACCUCAAAAGAGCUUGUGGAAGAUCCACUCAAGGCCAUGGAAUGCUCACAGAGGUGGAAAGUAAAGACUGCUUAUGGCGAUGUUGGUCUUACAUACCAAGAAGAUCAAACAGUCGCCUAUGUGGCUGCUCGUAUGCCUGCAGUCUACUCUGCCCUAUACCGUGUCCUCAAUGAGGUGAGAAGAAGAGUUCCAGACUUUACUCCAGCUAAAGUACUUGAUUUUGGGGCAGGAACUGGUUCAGCAUUGUGGGCAAUGAUGGAGGUGUGGCCUGGGUCUUUGGAGCGGAUUAAUUUGGUGGAGCCAUCACAAUCAAUGCAACGAGCAGGGCAGAGCCUAGUUAAGGAUUUAAGAAAAUUGCCUCUAAUUCAAAGCUAUGAUAGCAUCCAAUCAUUGACUAAGGAUAUUAAUAAGUCUGGCAGACGACACGAUCUGGUUAUUGCUUCCUACGUGCUUGGAGAAAUACCCUCAUUAAAGGACAGAAUUACUCUCGUGCGCCAGCUUUGGGAUCUUACAGCAGACAUCUUGAUAGGGAACUCUAUGAUGUUGAUCGGCACUAUUUUUAACCAAUACUUGCCACUUCUUCAGGUCUUGGUUGAGCCUGGAACACCACAAGGAUCAAAUAUCAUAUCUCAAAUGCGAUCGCACAUCUUAUGGAUGGAGAAGAGGAGAACCCGCAAAUUGCAGCAUGCAGCCAAUAAAGCCUCUAAGGAUUUGAUGACACUUAAAACCGGUGCAUUUAUAGUUGCUCCAUGUCCCCAUGAUGGACCUUGUCCGUUGCACAAUACAGACAAAUACUGUCAUUUUGUUCAACGUUUGGAGAGGACAUCAUCCCAACGGUUGUACAAGCGAUCCAAGGGUCCUUUACGUGGCUUUGAAGAUGAAAAAUUUUGUUAUGUUGCUUUCAGAAGAGGAACAAGACCAAGAGAACCUUGGCCACUUGAUGGUAUGAAGUUUGAAACAUUGAAGCAGAUGCAUGCUAAAAGAGUACCAGAAGAUUUAGAGGUCGAAGUUGAAAGCCAAUUUGGCAGUGAAGCAGCUCAGAAUGAUGAUUACGAAAAGGAUGAUGAGAAUACAGUUUCAUAUGAUUCAGACUACUCAGAGACAGAUGCAGCAGCAGGUGAGAGUGAUGAGGAUGAAGAAGAGGAUGUUCCUCGAGCUGAUCUCGGGAGUGGCUGGGGAAGAAUUGUUUAUAUGCCGAUCAGGAGGGGCAAACGAGUUGAGUUGGAUGUUUGCCGAGCUACCAAUAGUGAGGGAACAGAGGGCUCCUUCGACCGUGUCGUCAUCACACAAAGUAAGAAUCCGACAUUGCAUCAUCAAGCCCGCCGGUCACUUUGGGGGGACCUGUGGCCACUUAGGAGUGAAAAAUUUUCCAAGUUUUAUAUGUAAAUUAUAUCCAGAAAUUCUGUUUCUGAAGUAAUCAUUAGCAAAGUGAUAACUUAUCCCAACCUA